AUGAUGACAGGCUUACCUGAUGUGACAAUAGACAGUGAGAGGGUGUUUGAAUCACAGUUCGAAUUUCAAAGGGAUGUCUUCUUUGUGAUGGUAUUCUGCCUGUUGAUCAUAAUGAUCAAAAAUCUGGUGAUCCUCCCCAUGGCAUCUAGCCUAAUUAGGAAAUUUGGUGUGGAGGAGGCCUUGGGAUUUGAGAGGAAGAAGAAGUUCAGUGUUUCCCUUUGGAAGGCCAUGUUCUAUUCAUUCACAUCGAUAUAUGGGUAUCUUAUAAUCAGGAGUGAGCCUUUGGCUUAUACUAUGAAGAACCUCUCAGGUACAUGGGGCCUUCACAACAUUCCUUUCAAAGUUUUGUUCUACUAUUAUCUGGAGUUUGCAUAUUACUUUGUAGAGCUGUUUUAUCUGUUUAAUGAGCAUAUGUACAAGGACUUUCUACAGAUGGUGACACAUCACAUAGUAACCAUUAUGCUUCUGACGCUAUCAUACCACAGGGACCUGCUACGUCCUGGGGUGAUCAUCAUAGCUGUGCAUGACAUAUCAGAUCCGUUUUUGGAGAUUAGCAAGCUUACAAAUUAUAUUCACUACAAAUCCUUGGCAAAAGGUAUAUUUAUGUGUUUUGCAGGAGUUUUUGUUGUUUCCAGGUUAGUUAUCUAUGCAUUCUUUAUUUCCCUUCCCAUCAGUAUCUCUAUAUGGAGGUAUACAUUUGAUUUAUAUUUAUUCCUUAUAAGUAUACUGCUUCAAGGUUUGACUGUCAUGCAUAUCAUAUGGUCCUCAAUGAUCAUGAAGAUGGUGAUUAAGGUUGGUCAUAAAGAAGAGUUUGAGGAUAUUAGGUCAGUCAAGCCGCAAGGCAGCUCCAGUGACGUAAAGUGCAAAUGA